AUGUCCUUCCUACGCACCGCCAUCCGGCGCUCUUCCCUCCUAACCCGGCACUCCUCCACAAAGGCUCACCCCGAACUAGCCGUCGGCGAACUCCAAGGCAUCAAAUUCCGCGUCGCCCCCAUCAAGCGAACCAACGAAACAGACGACACCAAGCGCGCGCGCCUCCUCUACCAAUCCCGCAAACGAGGAACCCUCGAAUCAGACCUCCUCCUCUCGACAUUCGCAAAAUCCCACCUGCAGAACAUGUCGGGCCCCCUCCUCGCGCAGUACGACUCGCUGCUCGACGAAAAUGACUGGGACAUAUACUACUGGGCUACGCAGCGCGAGCCCUCUGACUCGUAUACGUCUACGAAUCCGUCUGACGUGAGUGCGUCUACCGCAGGGGAUGCGUUUGUACGAGAGGAACCUCCAAAGGGGGAGUGGGCGCAGACAGUGGGUAAUUUUCGACCGGCGUAUCGGCCUGUGCCGGUGAGGUGGAGGGGCAGUGAGGUGUUGGAUAUGCUGAGGACGCAUGUUCGGAGUAGGAGUGCAGAGGGGGAGGGCGGUGGUAUGGCGUUUAUGCCAGCGUUGGAGGAUCGUUGA